GUCGAAAUGCCCUAACAUUGCUCUGCUCUGCUCAGACCCUACACACUUGCUCACCCGUACUCUCGACUCCGAGCUACGGCCUAGAUUACAGUUCAUCAACACUCCACCCUUUUCAAUCUGAGUCCAAGUUAAACCGUACUCCGGCGCUAGCCCCUGAUGAUUAAAGUCAAUACGUUCGUCGGUAUUCCCUGCGUACGGCACCGGAUCACAGCGACUAACGCUUGCUUACUCUGACCGGGGUAUCAACUUAGAGCCUGUGUUGCAAUCUUAUGUUUUUUAAUGUUACAAGGGCAAGGAGAUACCUUCAUCAAUCUCAUGAGGUCUUUCCUUCUCUUUCUGGCAUAGUACUUAGUGUUGGUCAUCUGAGAACCUUCAAAUCGAUGACAGAUUUUCAAGAAGAUGGUUCGCCUGGAUUUUCUUCACUUGUAUCAGAGGGAGGACUUCAUAUUCAAAAGUCUAUAUCAGUAUGCCAUGAUGAGAGGUGUUCCUUUUCAAGUGUCCAAUCCACCCCAGACAUUGAAAAGAAGUAUGUUCAUCAUGUUUAUGAUGCCAUUGCUCCCCAUUUUAGCUCCACUCGAUUUGCUAAAUGGCCAAAAGUGGCCACAUUUUUGAACUCCUUGCCACUCGGAUCUCUCAUCCUGGAUGCAGGAUGUGGGAAUGGGAAAUAUUUGGGUUUAAAUCCUGAUUGCUUUUUUAUAGGCUGUGAUAUAAGUGCACCUCUGAUCAAUAUAUGUGCAGGAAGAGGUCAUGAAGCAAUGGUUGCAGAUGCUGUAAAUCUUCCUUAUAGAACAGGUUUUGGUGAUGCAGCAAUCUCUAUUGCUGUAUUGCAUCACCUAAGCACAGAAAGUAGAAGGAAGAAAGCUAUAGAAGAAUUAGUUCGAGUUGUUAAGAAGGGUGGCCUGGUUCUAAUAACGGUUUGGGCUGUAGAACAGGAAGAUAAGUCAUUGGUUACAAAGUGGACCCCUCUUACAAAUAAGUACACAGAGGAGUGGAUAGGUCCUGGUAGUCCUCGUGUCCGUAGUCCUUCUUCCUUAACACUAGAGAGCAUAUCAGAAACUGAGGAGAAUAGUUUUGGAGAUUGUCAGGAGAAACAAAUGUCAAAUAAACAUACACAUUUGCAAAAGCUAGAUGGUUCAGUGGCUUAUGAAAAUUGGACUAACAAUAAGAACCAACAGGAAUAUUUCGUCCCUUGGCACUUACCAUAUCAUCGUGCAGAAGUCAGUGGUGAAUCUGCUCGGGCUCUUGCAAAUGGGUUGGCAAAAAAAGAUGAUAAAAAGGGUGCUGUUGUUUACAAUAGGUAUUACCAUGUGUUCAUUGAAGGCGAGUUGGAAAGGUUAGCAUCUGGCGUCAGCAAUGCCAUCAUCCUUGAUCAGUUCUAUGAUAAAUCUAACUGGUGUAUUAUCCUCAAAAAGACAUGACCUUCGUGUUUCAGUUGCUGAUGGUCUUAACCUAUCCGCACAUCAGUUUGGAGAAUUGGAGUUUUGGCUUCACAGUUGAUAUGAAUGAAGCACAAAUGUCGAUUGAUAUUCAAUUUUGAUUGCCUUUCUGGUCGAUGGAGUGGAUUUUUUCUUCACAACUUUGUGCUUUAUUUGUGGAUUGUUGGGAGAGUGAGAGAGGGGUCUCUACAUGAGACGUAGUUGAGUUGUAGAGUUAAGAGAAGAAACAAAGAAGGAAAUAUGAGUUGUAUGACAAUUCUUUCUCAUAAAAUUUAAUCUUUGAUGUGUCAGGGCAACAACAAACACAGUUACCCGCCAUCUUUCUAGAA